UCAUUGUUAAUGGUUCUUCAAUGUUCAGACAUACUGUUCUGUUAUUUCUUAUUGUAGCUGAGUGAGCUGUGACUUACACCUAAAACGAGUCUCUCUGGGGAGAGAAAGGAGGAGACCACUGCCUCUAAAAUGAGUCUCUCUGGGGAGAGAGAGGAGGAGACCACUGCCUCUAAAAUGAGUCUCUCUGGGGAGAGAGAGGAGGAGACCACUGCCUCUAAAAUGAGUCUCUCUGGGGGGAGAGAGGAGGGGACCACUGCCUCUAAAAUGACUCAAGACACCAUUUCAAAGAGUGUCCAGAAGCCCAGAGCAGAGUCCCCUACAACCAGCCUGCUAUCAAUGAAGAGUGAUCAGCCACCUGCUUUCAGCCAGGAACCAUUGCCAGAUGACAAUAAGGAAGUGGAGAGUUUGGACAGUCAAACUCUGCUGACAGUCCAACAAGACAUUAAGGCUAAACUGAAAUACAAGUAUCAACACAUAUCUGAAGGAAUUGGACACCAUGGAAACCAAAGUCUGUUCAAAGACAUCUACACAGAGCUCUAUAUCACAGAGGGUGGAAGUGGAGGGCUCAAUAAUGAACAUGAGGUUAGACAGAUAGAGAUGGCAUCCAAGAAACAAACCACACAAGAGACACCAAUCAAAUGCAACGACAUCUUCAAGCCUUUACCUGGACAAGACAAACCAAUCAGAACUGUGCUGACCAAAGGAAUCGCUGGCAUUGGAAAAACAGUCUCUGUGCAGAAGGUCAUCCUUGACUGGGCAGAGGGAAAAGCAAAUCAGGACGUUCAUUUCAUGUUUCCUCUUCCUUUCCGUGAUCUGAACCUGAAAAAGGACCAAUACAGUCUGAUGCAACUUCUUUCCCACUACUUCUCAGAGCUGAAAGAGAUUGACAGCAUUGAAGAUGGUGAAACUAAAACUGUUUUCAUUUUUGAUGGUCUGGAUGAGUGUCGACUUCCUCUAGACUUCAAAAACAAUGAGAAGUGCUGUGAUGUCACGAAGCCAACCUCAGUGGACGUGUUGCUGACAAACCUCAUCGAGAGGAAUCUGCUUCCCUGUGCUCUCCUCUGGAUAACCUCACGGCCGGCAGCAGCCAAUCAGAUCCCUACUGAGUGUGUUGACCAGGUGACAGAGGUACGAGGGUUCAAUGAUCCACAGAAGGAGGAGUAUUUCAGGAAGAAAAUCACAGAUCAGAAUCUGGCCAAUGAAAUCAUCAAGCACAUGAAGACAUCAAGGAGCCUCUACAUCAUGUGCCACAUGCCAGUCUUCUGUUGGAUAUCAGCCACUGUCCUUGAGAUGAUACUGAACGAGGCAGAGAAGGAUGAAGUCCCCAAAACUCUGACCCAGAUGUACUCACACUUCAUUCUCAUCCAAAUCAUUGUGAAGAACAGGAAGUACAACAAAGCCACAGAGACAAACCCAAAGGAACUGUCUCAGUCAGACAAAGAGAUGAUCCUGAAACUGGCAAAACUGUCUUUCCAACAGCUGCAGAAGGGCAACCUGAUCUUCUAUGAGGAGGACCUGAGAGAGUGUGGCCUUGAUGUCACAGAGGCGUCAGAGUACUCAGCAAUGUGUACAGAGAUCUUUAAAGAAGAAUCUGGGCUGUACCAAGACAAGGUCUACAGCUUUGUGCAUCUGAGCAUUCAGGAGUUUCUAGCAGCAGUGCAUGCUUUAGAAUCAUGUCUAGACAAGAAGGAAAGUGUUUUCUCCCCCACGAGUGAUGAUGAAAAGAAUGAGUCAAUCCAGUUGUCUGACUUACACAGGAGAGCAGUGGACCAGGCCUUGAAGAGUGAGAAUGGACACCUGGACCUGUUCCUCCGCUUCCUUCUGGGUCUCUCACUGGAGUCCAAUCAGAAUCUGUUACGAGGCCUUCUGACACAGACAGGAAGUACAACACAGACCAAUGAGGAAACAGUUAAGAGAACAGUCAGGUACCUUUCAGACAACAUCAAGGAGGAAUCCUCACCAGAAAGGAUCAUCAACUUGUUCCACUGUUUGAAUGAACUUGGUGCCAACUCUCUAGUUGAAGACAUGCAGACCUCCCUGCGUUCAGGAACUCUUUCAGAAACAAGACUAAAACCUGACCAAUGUUCAGCCCUGGCCUACCUGUUACUGAUGUCAGAGGAGGUGCUGGAGGAGCUUGACCUGAAGACAUACAACACAACAAAGGAAGGUUAUCAGAGGUUGCUGCCGGUAGUGAAAACCUGCAAGAGAGCACUACUGGAUCGCUGUAAACUCACGUAUAAAUCCUGUGAGACUCUGGCCUCAGCUCUGCAGACACCAAACUCCCCCCUGAGAGAACUGGACCUCAGCUACAAUGACCUGGGAGACAGAGGAGUGGAGCUGCUCUGUGUUGGACUAACCAGUCCACUCUGCAACAUACAGACACUAGUACUAGCUGGCUGUAAAAUCACAUAUGAAUCCUGUGAGACUCUGGCCUCAGCUCUGCAGACAAACUUCCCCCUGAGAGAACUGGACCUCAGCUACAAUGACCUGGGAGACAGAGGAGUGGAGCUGCUCUGUGUUGGACUAACCAGUCCACUCUGCAACAUACAGACACUAGUACUGGAUCACUGUGACCUCACAUAUGAAUCCUGUGAGACUCUGGCCUCAGCUCUGCAGACACCAAACUCCCCCCUGAGAGAACUGGAACUCAGCCACAACAAUGACCUGGGAGACAGAGGAGUGGAGCUGCUCUGUGUUGGACUAACCAGUCCACUCUGCAACAUACAGACACUAGUUCUAGGUCAGUGUGGUCUGACAGAGGGUUGCUGUUCAGAUCUGGCCUCAGUCCUGAGUUCACCCAGCUCACAACUGAAACAACUGGAGCUGAGAGACAAUGACCUGCAGGACUCAGGAGUUACACUGCUGUCUGCUGGACUGGAGGAUCCAGACUGUAAACUACACACACUGGGUCUUGGUCAGUGUGGUCUGACAGAGGGUUGCUGUUCAGAUCUGGCCUCAGUCCUGAGUUCACCCAACUCACAACUGAAACAACUGGAGCUGAAAGACAAUGACCUGCAGGACUCAGGAGUUACACUGCUGUCUGCUGGACUGGAGGAUCCAGACUGUAAACUACACACACUGGGUCUAGGUCAGUGUGGUCUGACAGAGGGUUGCUGUUCUGAUCUGAACUCAGUCCUGAGUUCACCCAACUCACAACUGAAACACCUGGAGCUGAGAGACAAUGACCUGCAGGACUCAGGAGUUACACUGCUGUCUGCUGGACUGGAGGAUCCAGACUGUAAACUACACACACUGGGGCUGUCUGGCUGUCUGGUCACAGAGGAGGGCUGUGCUGCUCUGUCUUCAGCUCUGAGGUCAAACCCCUCCCACCUGAAAGAGCUGGACCUGAGCUACAAUCACCCAGGAGUCUCUGCAGGGGGACUGCUUUCAGCUGCUCUGGUGGAUCCCACAUGUAAACUGAUGAAGCUGAAUGUGGAUCAUGGUGGAGAGUGCAGGCUGAAAUCAGGGCCGAGGAAAUAUGCCUGUCAUCUCACCUUGGACCCAAGUACAGCAAACCCAGACCUGAUACUGUCUGAGGGGAACAGGAAGGUGACACCGGUGGUGGAGGACCAGCAUUAUGAAGACCAUCCAGACAGAUUUGACCGUUAUCGCCAAGUUCUCUGCAGAGAAGGCUUAUCUGAUUCUCGUUAUUACUGGGAGGUGGACUGGGAUGGUGGUGGGCCUGCUAUUGGUUUGGUGUACAAAGGAAUGUUGGGAAGGGCUGGCAUUUGUAUUGGACUCACAAGCAAUUCCUGGUGUAUGUACUGCUCUGACAGCGUUACUGACUUUUACAAUGCUGGAGUCCAUAGUAGAUCCAUUCUUAGCCCUGUAUCUAGCAGAGUUGGAGUGUAUCUGGACUGGCCAGCUGGUACUUUGUCCUUCUAUAGUGUGUCCUCCUCUGGUGCACUGACACACCUUCACACAUUCUACACCACGUUCACUGAACCCCUCUAUCCUGGAUUUGGGUUUCUUUUGUUGAAAACCUCCUCAGUGACCCUGUAUCAGAUCAACGACAUUCAAAGAGACCAUGGUGGAGAGAGUUGGAUCAAGCCUGGACCUGAGGACACCAGAGACCAUGGUGGAGAGAGUUGGAUCAAGCCUGGACUUGAGGAUACCAGAGACCAUGGUGGAGAGAGUUGGAUCAAGCCUGGACCUGAGGAUACCAGAGACCAUGGUGGAGAGUGUUGUAUCAAGCCUGGACCUGAGGACACCAAAGACCAUGGUGGAGAGAGUUGGAUACCAUGGUGGGGAGAGUUGGAUCAAGCCUGGACCUAA